UUCAAGGUGAUACAUUCAGCCAGCAGAGCCGUAAGCGGAUCUUUACCUACUCAAGUAGAAAGAGCGUUGAAUUGUUCUCAUUUUUAGUGUUAAGCUCCUGUUUUUGAAGCCACUUUUUUCAGCAGCGACAAAUCACACAGACAGGCAGGCAGACCUCCACCGAGCCGAGUACAGACACAAUGGAUUGGUCGUCGUCCUCCUCCUCCAGCCUGAUGGCCAGCAGCAACGUGACCAACAAGACCGACCCCCGAUCCCUCAACUCCCGCGUCUUCAUCGGCAACCUCAACACCCUGCUGGUCACCAAGGCCGACGUGGAGGCCAUCUUCUCCAAGUACGGCAAGAUCGUCGGCUGCUCUGUCCACAAGGGCUACGCCUUCGUGCAGUACGCCAACGAGAGGAACGCCAGGGCUGCCGUGGGCGGGGAGGACGGCCGCAUGAUCGUGGGACAGGUGUUAGACAUCAACCUGGCAGGUGAGCCGAAGCCUCACAGAUCGAAGACAGUGAAGCGAUCUGCAGGAGACAUGUACAGCUCAUCCUUUGAUUUGGACUACGACUUUCAAAGAGAUUACUAUGACAGAAUGUACUCCUACCAGUCCCGGGUGCCUCCUCCUCCUCCGCCGCUGUCCCGGGCCGUCAUCCCGUCCAAGCGUCCCCGCGUGAGUCUGAGCGGCGGAGGGAGCCGACGGACCAAGACCAGCUUCUCCUCCUCGUCCAAGAGCAGCCAGAGGACUUCGCGCACGAUGAAGGCGGACGAUCUACAGACCAUCAAGAGAGAGCUGACGCAGAUCAAACACAAGGUGGACUACCUGCUGGAGAGCUUAGAGCGCAUGGAGAAGGACCACACCAAGAAGUCGGAGAUGAAAAGCAGCAAACCGGAGCCCGGCGAAGUGUCCCCCCUCCACUCGUCUACUUCCAGCAAGAAGGAGGACGGCCUGAAGAGGGACAGAGAGAGCCAGGAGCUGAAUGACUCAGAGGACGAGGGAGAUCUGCUGGAGGACGAAGACGAGAUGAAGAGCAGAGGGAGAGAGGAGGACGAGGAGGAAGGCGAGCAGGAGGAGGGCGAGGACGACGGCGAUAGCGCCAACGGAGAGGAGUCCUGAAUAAGACCCAGGCAGACAGACACACACAUACACGUACACAAAACCAGCUUGUGUCUGAUAGUUCCUCCACACCAGACUUGUACACGAUGGUCCUGUGCUCAUAUCUGCUGAACUGACUGGACGAUGACAGAUUGUUGUAGAUAUAUCGCUCCUCUCAUACACAAAUUAUAUGUGAAGUACUCGUUUCUGGAUUUUCCCUUUUUUUCCUUUCGAGUUGGUCAUCUGAAUAUUCCAUACUGUUCUUUUUUUGUUUGUUUUGUUUUUUAAUUUUGCUUUUUUAUAUAGACUUUUUCUGCAUCUGGGUGUAUUAGGAUCAAACUCAGUUGAGGAAACGUAAUAUAUUGUGCUUUUGAACUAUAAUAUUAAAAAUUGGAAGGUAAAUAAAGCAAAGCCCCUUUGACUUUUUAGAAGAUGUGAAGCCAAAAAUAAUCAGCAACUGAUAUUUUAUCAAGGCUGCAGUAGAAAUAAGUGCACUGAGGUGAAUCCAAGGCUACUCUGGGGACUAAGAUGCUGCAGUUUAGGCAUGACAAUUUGAAAUAAAUUAAAAGACAUAUUCCCGAUCCAGCUGCUGCACAGCUUCCUUCCAACCAGCAGGUGGCAGCGUGUCCCAACAACACAAAGACCACCAGGACCUAUUUCUGUUGUUCGCAGAAAACCUUCACCGUCUGCUCGCCAGAUAAGAACACGAGCACGCACCAAAUCUCAUGUCAGACGACGCUAAUGCUCGGACGCAAUCCUCAACGGUCCGCAAAUUGUUUUUUUUAGUUUGUUGCCGGGGUGUUGCGACCUUACCCGACCUUGACUUGUGUAAUGCAGUGAAUCUCCAUGUUUGUCUGUUUCUGUUUUCUCAUUCGACUGCACUGGUGAAAGUGAAUAAACAUGUUUUCCAAGUUUGA